ACCCCGGUCACAUGAGGCAUCCUGGCCGCUCAGAUCCGGUGCGGGCGGAGCCGCGGCCGGACCGGGCUGGCACCGGCACAGCCCCGGCCCCGCGGGAUCCCGCUCCGCCUCUGUCCCGGUACCGGCCCGGGAUCCCGCUCCGCCUCUGUCCCGGUACCGGCACCACGGGAUCCGCCUCUGUCCCGGUACCGGCACCACGGGAUCCGCCUCUGUCCCGGUACCGGCCCGGGGUCCCGGCCAUGCCCGGCUCCCGCUGCCCGGCGCUGCCGGUCCUGCGCUGGCUCCCGCGGUAUUCCCGGUCCUGGCUGCCGCUGGACGUGCUGGCGGGGCUGGCCGUGGGACUGACCGCCGUGCCCCAGGCGCUGGCCUACGCCGAGCUGGCCGGGCUGCCGCUGCAGUACGGCCUCUAUUCCUCCUUCAUGGGCUGCUUCGUCUACUGCUUCCUGGGCACUGCCAAGGACGUGACGCUGGGUCCCACGGCCAUCAUGUCCCUGCUGGUCUCCUCAUACGCCUUCCACGAGCCCGUCCAUGCCGUUCUCCUCGCCUUCCUCUCUGGCUGCAUUCAGCUGGCCAUGGGGCUCCUGCACCUCGGAUUCCUUCUGGAUUUCAUUUCCUGCCCUGUCAUUAAAGGGUUUACAUCAGCUGCUUCCGUCACCAUUAGCUUCAACCAGAUCAAGAACAUCCUGGGGCUGCAGGGGAUCCCGAGGCAGUUCUUCCUGCAGGUCUAUGAGACGCUGCGGAGGAUCAGGGAGACCAGGGCUGGGGACGCUGUGCUGGGGCUGAGCUGCCUGGCUGCGCUGGCAGGGCUCCGGGCCAUGAAGAGCCACCUGCCUCGAGCCUCCCCUGCAGAGCCACUGGCUGUCAGGAUCAGCUACCUGAUUGUGUGGAUCUGUGCCACAGCACGCAAUGCUCUCGUUGUCCUGUUUGCCGGCCUGGUGGCUUACUCCUUCCAGGUGAUGGGCUCCCAGCCCUUCCGGCUCACCGGCAGCAUCCCGCAGGGCCUCCCCGCCUUCCGGCCCCCACGCUUCUCCCUGGCAGCGCCCAACGGCACCGUCCCCUUCCAGAGCAUGCUGCAGGACAUGGGGGUCGGGCUGGCCGUGGUGCCGCUCAUGGGGCUGCUGGAGACCGUGGCCAUCGCCAAGGCUUUCGCCUCGCAGAAUGGUUACAGGAUUGACCCCAACCAGGAGCUGCUGGCUCUGGCUCAGGAAUUUCCAGAGCGCUCUUGCACAGCUGGGUGGGCACUGUCCAGCCCCAGAUCCGGGCAGGGAGAAGGUCAAGACGGGGACACAGACACGGCACAGCCUCCCCAGCCCCUCUCCUUCUCUCCUCAGGCGUCGCCAAUGUCCUGGGCUCCUUCGUCUCCUCCUAUCCCAUCACGGGCAGCUUUGGCCGGUGCCCUGGUCCUGCUGUCCCUGGCGUACUUCACCUCUCUCUUCUAUUACAUCCCCAAAGCGGCGCUGGCCGCUGUCAUCAUCUCGGCCGUGGUGCCCGUGUUCGACGCUGGCAUCUUCCGCACGCUCUGGCGGGUUAAGAGGCUGGACCUUGUGCCCCUCUGUGUGACAUUCCUGCUCUGCUUCUGGGAGGUUCAGUAUGGAAUCCUGGCUGGGGUGCUGGUUUCUGGGAUUCUCCUGCUCUACUCCCUUGCCAGGCCCCCAAUAAAGGUGUCGGAGGGGGCGGUGCUGCUGGUCCAGCCGGGGAGCAGCCUGCACUUCCCAGCCGUGGAGCACCUGCGGGACUCGGUGUGCAGCCGUGCUCUGGCAGCAGCAUCUCCACCACGCUCCGUCGUCCUGGACUGUUGCCACAUCAGCAGCGUUGAUUACACGGUGGUGGUGGGGCUGGCAGAGCUGCUGCAGGAGCUGCGCAGGCACGGCCUCUCGCUGGCCUUCUGUGGCCUGAAGGACCCUGUUCUCCAAGUCCUCCUGUCUGCAGACUUAGAAGGAUUCCAGCAUUUCCCCAGCUGGGAAGAGGCAGAGCGGAGCAGGGGAGCGGAGCUGGGGGGCAGCAGGGCAGAGCCCUUCACCAGCACUGCCCAGAGCACCGGGCUCAUCCAGUGACACCAGCUUGGGCUGAACGUGCUGGGACAGCCCAGGGACACCAACAACACCCCGUGGGAACCGAGAGCAGCGCCAACCCCACACGGGCUGGGGGACAAAACUGUUCCCUGUCACAGUGACCAGUGCAAAGCCCUCCUUCCUCCAGGGAGCUGCUGCUGUUUUUUAAAGAGCUGUUUUAAUUCUGGACACUUUUCAUGCUCUGGGCCGCUCCAGUGACGACUCAGGGGAUGCUUUCAUCAAAGUUAUUUCAGAGCUGCUCGUGCUGCCCUCCAUGCGGACAUGGGGGCUCAGCCUCCGGCUGCUGGGAGAGGGAAAACAUCUGGGAUUGUGCUCCCGAAUGAUUUUUAUCCUUACUUAUUCUUAUCUUUUUUAUCCUUGUCUGUGGGGUGUUGUGCCAAACCGUGUCCAGGCUCGGGGCUGGGCUGUCACCCUGGGGUGCAGCCCCUGGCCUGGGCCCUGCCGAGGGGACAGGCACGAGGGGACAGGCACGAGGGGACAGGCACGGUGGCACCGGGCUGUGCCCAGCUGUGCCAUGGGGCCAGCACCUGCUGGGCAAUUCAGUUCCCCUGAGCAGCCCUCGGGCGAUGGCGAGGGUGUAAUAAAUGAGAAAUUGCUAAUGA